GAAAGUGGUACGUGUAGUGGGUAUAUAUAGGAUGGUGGUGGUAGUGUUAUUUCAACUCAAGACCUAUUUUGCUUGGGAGUAUAAAUCAAAGUUGAGCAAAAACUUUGUCAGUCUUAUUGUUGUAGAAAAUCGUAAAAGGAAAAAGUAAUGGAGUUUGGACAUUAUUGGUGGUGGCCGGUGGUGUUAGUUUUGGUUCAUUUUAAUAUGAAUGGGUGCUUUGGUUGCUGGGAGCAAGAGAGAAUUUCUCUCUUGGAACUCAAAGCUUCCAUUGUCAACUACACUGAUAAAUAUUAUUUUCCUCAUUGGGACUCAGCUGACAAAGAGAAUGAUUGCUGUGAGUGGGAAAAAGUCAAGUGCGACAUCACUACUGGCCGUGUAAUCAAACUUGCUCUUAAUAAUACGAUUUAUUGGGGUGGAGAAAGUGGGGGAGGUUGGCACUUUAAUGCCUCUCUAUUUCUUCCGUUUGAAGAGCUUCAGUACCUCGAUUUGAGUUUUAAUUCCAUUUCUAGAAGGAUCCCAAGUGAAGGUUUUGAAAGAUUCUCUACGUUGGGCAAGCUGGAAGUGCUUCACUUGGGUGAUAAUAGUUUUAAUAACAGCAUUUUACAAUCCUUUAGUGGUACUAUUGCUUCGCUCAAGGAACUACAUUUGGAUUACAACAGUUUGAAUGGAUCAAUCGACAUCCAAGACUUCAAAGCAUUUAACAACUUGGAGGAGCUCUACUUGGGCGGAAAUCGUUAUAUCAAUGACUUCGUGACAACGGAAGAUUCAAACAGCUUAAGUAAGUUGCAAGUCCUAGAUUUGAGUUACAACAAUUUUAAUGCACGAAUUCUUGAGUCAUUAGCUGCCUUCCCAUUGUUGAAGAUAUUAAAUAUUGGAUACAACAAUUUGGAAGGAUCGUAUACAACUAAAGAGUUAGGUGCACUAAACAACCUAGAGCAGCUGUACUUGGAUGAUUCAUCAAUUGAUAACUGCUUCCUUCACAAAGUUGGAGUUAUGAAUUCUCUUGAAGUAUUGUCAGUGCAAUUCUGUCGUCUCAACGGUAGCUUACCUGCACAAGGCUGGUGUGAACUUAGGAAGCUCCAGGAGAUAGACCUCAGCUACAAUAAUUUUGAAGGGAUAUUACCUUCAUGUAUGGCAAACUUGACAUCACUUCGAGUAUUGGAUCUCUCUAACAAUCACUUCACCGGGAACAUUGCCCACUCCCCACUAUCAAGUUUGACGUCACUUGAGCACCUCUCUCUGUCAAAUAACGACUUCUUGAUCCUAGCCACAAUGUCCUCCUUUUCUAACCUCUCAAAUCUUAAGGACUUACUAAUUGAUAACAAUAAAAUUGCCCUUGAACCUAACUCUCAUACUUGGAUUCCAACCUUCCAAUUACAGUUUUUGAGUCUUUCUAACGGACUCAAUGUCAAUGGCACAACUCCUAGAUUUCUUCAUUACCAAUAUGAGUUGGUAGUGAUUGAUCUCUCUCACAAUAAUUUGGUCGGAAAGUUUCCCACUUGGUUGCUAGAAAUCAAUACAAAAUUGGAGUCCUUUUUCUUAAAUAAUAACUCUUUCACGGGGCCUUUCAUGCUGCCAUAUGAUAUUUGUCACAACAUUAGGAACAUAGAUAUUUUAGAUAAUCACUUCCAGGGUCCAAUCCCAAUAAAUUUUGGUUUAAUUUUUCCAAAUUUAGAAUAUUUAAACAUGUAUAAAAAUGCAUUUCAAGGUAGUAUACCUUCUUCUUUUGGGAAAUUGGUUUUCUUACGAGAUCUAGACCUGUUUGAGAAUCAUUUAUCAGGAACAAUACCAAUGCAUUUCGGAAUGGGCUGCCACAACUUAUAUUUUCUCAAAUUGUCAUAUAAUAAUUUCAGUAGCCAAAUAUUUCCCACCAAUUUUAAUCUGACUAAUUUAUUUUAUUUACUUUUGGAUAACAAUCACUUAUCGGGAAUGAUCCCAAAGAGCAUCUCAAUAUUAAAUAAUCUUGGCGUAAUUGAUUUUAGUAAUAACCAUUUUUCAGGCAUGCUUCCAACGUGGUUGGGGAACAUGUCUGGUUUAACAGAACUUGUUAUGGCCAAAAAUCAACUUGAAGGUCCUAUUCCAGUCGAGUGGUGCAAAAUUGUUGAACUUGAAUUUCUUGACCUUUCCGAGAACAAUCUAUCCGGCUCUAUUCCAUCUUGCUUCAAUUCAUCAGAAAUUAGAUUAGUUUAUCUGAAUAAAAAUUGUUUGAGCGGUCCAAUUCCACCUGUGUUCCAAAACAACUCUAAUCUAGUAACGCUAAAUCUUCGAGAUAACCUCCUAAUUGGAAAUAUUCCUGAUUGGAUUGGCAGCCUCUCAUCCUUGAGCAUUUUUAUUUUGAGAGAAAAUCAUUUAGAUGGUAGGAUUCCAAAUCAAUUCUGCCUUUUGCAAAACUUAAACUUGUUGGAUCUUUCCUACAAUAAAUUUUCAGGUACAAUACCACAUUGCUUGAGUAACAUUACUUUCGUGGCAUCCACCCAAGAGCCUAUUUUAAGAGUUUUCUCAUUUGAGUUUUCUAAGUACCAAAUUGGAAUGCCAUACUUGAAGACAAAAUCAACAAAUAUGAAAGACUGGAAUAAUAUGGGUUAUUUUGAGACAUUUGUAAGUGAGACAGAUGAAGCAGAGUUCACAACAAAGAAUAGAAUUGACUCCUAUCAUGGAGACAUUCUCAACUACAUGUUUGGAAUUGACCUCUCAUGCAACAAUUUAGUAGGUGAAAUCCCACCUCAACUUGGAAUGAUGAGCACCAUCCGGGCAAUGAACUUAUCACACAACAGUCUAACUGGACCAAUCCCUACAACAUUCUCAAACUUGAAGCUGAUGGAGAGUUUGGAUCUUUCCUAUAACAAUUUAAGUGGUAAAAUUCCACCUGAAUUGACCGAAAUUACCUUUCUAGUAGUUUUCAGUGUGGCACAUAAUAACUUAUCAGGUACAACACCAGAAAGAAAAAAUCAAUUCGAGACUUUUGGUGAAAGUAGUUAUGAGGGUAACCUGUUGGGAAAAAAUCCUAAUCCCCUCUAUGUCUAUGUGUGAAUUAAAAUUAAUGACUACCAAGCAAUAGCAAUAUUAUGGAAACAAAAAAAAUUCCAGCAAGCACCACAUAAACACAAUCACACAAGAACACCAAAUCUUCCGUGGAAAACCCUCUAGUGUAGAGGGAAAAACCACGGGGCAGCUCCGAAAAAUAUCCACUAUAAAAUAGAGAUUACAACUAUCAAGUUUAUGCUAAACUUGUGUUCACAAUAAAUUGGAUAUACAACAAAUAUAUCUCAAGGAGUAAAUACAAUCUCACCACAAAGCUAGUAGCAAAAUCUUCCUCUGAAUACUCCAACUCUCCAUGGUUGUAGCACUCAAAAACUCCAUGAGAACUCCACCAAUUUAUCUUCCUUGUGUGUAACUUGAGCAAAGAAAAAUGUCUCCUUUUUCUUUUUCACUCUCUCACACUCUCACUGUGUUUCUCUCUAUUUUUCGGACUGCACCUCCAGCUGAACCUCUCUCUUUUUGUGUUUUGCUCUCUUUGGAACUCACAUACAAUGGCCAAGAAAGGCUCUCAGUUUUCAGCUUUGCUCACAAGGCCGAAUGCCUUAGUUUUCCUUCUUUUCUUCUUUUGUCAGUUUCAGCGUGUCUCACACGCCUAAGUCAUUGCCCAAGAAAAUGGCAUGCUGACUUUUGGAACACUUCUCAUUAAGAGAAGUUAGACCUCUCCAUGUUUUGGUCACUUCUCAAUAAAUGGAAAGCUGAAUUUGAAGACUCUUGGAACCAAGCUCAUAAAUGAGCUUUGACAAGGCAUGGCAAGCAAGUGGGCUGGACCCACACGGUAAGGCACCCAACAUAACCCCCUUUUGUGUGGACCUCCAUUACAUGAUUGCACCAAAAUUGGACCUCCUUCUACAAUGCUAGUGGAUCAUGAUGGGGAAGAUGGGGGCAGUUUCAUUGACAUGGCUGUCUUCUACAUAAGCUUUGUGGUGGUUUACAUAACAGUGUUGUUGGGACUUGUUGCAGUUCUCUACAUAAAUCCUUACUGGCGUAGGGCGUGGUUUAACUUCAUUGAGGCGUGCGUUGACAAUUCCUACUGUUUUG